AUGAGGGCUCACACCUUCAUUCCUUUCGCUGGCUUGCUGGCCGGCCUGAGUUCCGCCGUAUCUAGUAGGACCAACAGCACUCUCUUAGGCCCAUUUGAUGCAUCCAAAGCACAGAACUCGACAGAACACGAGUUUGAACUCGGUAUUACUCCCAUUGCUCCCUACGGCGAGAAGCAGAUCAGUGAGGAGUGGGCGACCCCUUUGAUUGAGGGCUGCCCGCGAAGCUGCGCUGCUGCCGGAUCAAACGCCGCCAACUGGACUCAUGUUCAUGACCUUGGAGAGUUGAACGGCUGCGAAGCUCCUCUGGUUUUCGAUCUGAACGUGCACUCACAGGCUGUCGAGACCGUUCGUGUCUGUGCCCUCGAAGGCCUAUCCUCUUCGUCCAAGGCCGCAGCGCAUCUGGGAGCUCACCUGCACCAGGGAGCGGCACGAAGACACACCAAGCGGGAUGCCGACAAACCCUCUGCUGGGUCUUGUAGUCCUGCUCCUCUUUCACCUGUGUCACUUCACCUUACCGCUGGUUUGGCUGGAGUGCUGAAUGCAACCAGCCAUGUCACAACAGCGGUGCAGGGACUCAAGCAACAGCUAGCCAAGAAAACCUCAUGUGGUAGCACAGUCCUUUUCUCAAAGGCAGGUUCUGCCAUCGUCGGUCUCUACAUCAGUGCAGACAUGGGGUCUGUCGCCGGCGCUGCCCUACUCGAGCGGUUUGAGAAGGCGGCCAGUCUGGGCACGCAAAUGAUGCAGACCUGCGACAUCAACCCGAUGAAUCCCUACACUUUUGGAGUCUUUGCUGUCGACAAGAUCAGUGACUUUGAGCUUGUACGAAAGAAGGUCCAGGUAUGGGCUGAUGGUUACUGCGCGACGAUGCCUCUUAUCAGACCCCGGGAUGCCAAGGUCACGGUCAACAUCCCAGGCGGUGAUCUAUUUAUGGGCUCAUCCAAUGGUACAUCCUCUGUGUCUUCAGCGGAGUUGUCGUCGGAUCUUGAAGCUCGUGCCGAGUGUAAGACCGCAAAGGUCAUAGCAGAUGAUACCUGCACCACCCUCAGUGUCAAGUGCAACAUUCGAGGCGCCGACUUUGUCAAGUACAACCCCAAGUCGAACCUUUGCAGCUCCCUUUUAUCAGGGCAGCUUGUCUGCUGCAGCGCUGGCACGUUGCCUGAGAUAACUGUCAACACCCCAGUGCCCGAUGCGGAUGGCACCUGUGCCACGCAAACGAUCGGCACCAAAGACCUUUGUGACACUGUUGCAAGGGCCAAGGGCAUCACGGUCGAGGACAUCCAGAAGUACAACAAUGCCUCAUGGGGCUGGGCUGGCUGCGAGAGACUGCAGAUAGGCCAGGUUAUUUGUGUCAGCAAGGGCAACACUCCCAUGCCAGCUACUGCUCCAGGCGCGGCUUGUGGGCCGCAGAAGCCCGACACCAAGAAGCCAUCCGGCUCGUUUGACGGAUGGGAUCUUGCCAAGCUCAACCCGUGUCCUCUCAAAGCUUGCUGUAGUGGCUGGGGCUUCUGUGGUACCACUGCCGAGUUCUGUACCGACACCCCGGCCGACACCAAGGCGCCAGGUGCCUUCAAGGUCAACACCAACGGGUGUAUCCAGAACUGCGGCACUGAUAUCGUGAAUAACGCUUCACCUCCCGACGAGUUCAAGCGCAUCGGCUACUUCCAGGCUUACAAUCCCGCCCGCCCAUGUAUGCACAUGGACGCCUCGGAGAUUGCAGACAACUUCAAGGAUCUGACUCAUGUCCACUUUGCUUUUGCUGGCAUCACUGCGGAUUACGACGUCAAUAUUCCAGAUUCUGUCAAGGCACAGUUCGAUGUCUUCGACAAAAUGGACGCCCCGUUCAAGAAGAUCCUGUCCUUUGGCGGCUGGGCCGAGUCGACUGAGGCCGGGACAUUCCAGCGCUACCGUGACAUAGUCAAGCCUGAAUACCGCUCCGUCUUCGCCGGAAAUGUUGUCAAGUUCAUGGAGAAGCAUAACUUUGACGGCGUUGAUCUCGACUGGGAGUACCCUGGUGCCACUGAUCAGGGUAUCCCCGCUGGUGAUAGGACCGACGGUCUCUACUACGUUCGCUUCCUCAACACCUUCAGAAACCUGCUGCCAAAGGGCAAGUCUCUUUCCAUUGCCUUGCCCGGCUCCUACUGGUACCUCAAGCCAUUCCCCGUCGAGGACAUGGCCAAAUUACUCGACUACUUUGUCUUUAUGACCUACGAUCUGCAUGGACAGUGGGACUACGGUAACAAAUUCGCCAACCCCAGCUGCGCCAAUGGCAAUUGCCUCCGCUCCCACAUCAACCGUACCGAGACCCGCAACUCCAUGAGCAUGAUCACCAAGGCGGGUGUACCGGCCUCAAAGGUCAUCAUUGGCAUUGCGAGCUACGGUCGAAGCUUCCGCAUGGCCGACAAGAGCUGCACGGGACCCCAAUGUCUUUUCACCGGCUCGUACUCAGUAUCUGAGGCAGAGCCCGGCCCGUGUACCGAUACCUCUGGCUACAUUUCCAACGCGGAACUCGAAGAGAUUUGGCAAGGCGCUGCCGACGGCGUUGAAGGCGUCGAGGCCAAGCAGUGGCAUGACGCCAGCACACAUUCUGACAUCAUGACCUAUGGCACCCAGGGCAACGGUAUGACAGACUGGGUGGCCUUCAUGAGCCCCACGACUAAGCAGGAGCGUGUGGAAUGGGUCAAGAAACUCAACUUUGGCGGCACCUCGGACUGGGAUGUUGAUCUGGGAGGCUACUUCGAGGGACCCAGCACAAAGAACGGGACUAACAACGGCGGAUGGUCCGACUUCAAGGCUGACGAUCUCUCGUGCGACUCGACGAACUGGCCCACCACCCUCGAUAAGCUGUCGGAGAGUAUAGAGAGCGUCAACGCCAACUGUCGUGCCGUAGCCACCAUGAGCAUCCUCGUCAAUGCCCUCGUUGCCGCCGUCGCCGAGUACAAGGACGUAUCCAAGAACUACGACGGCGCGUUUGGCUGGUAUGCCGACUGGAUCAAGGAUAGCAUCGACGACCGUAUCGAGGAGUUUCUUACCCCCUACACUGGCAAGGGCCUCAAGUACCUCGACUGUGAGUGGACGGAUCCCAAGCACAAGGGCAAGGGUCGCUGCGACGAGUCGUGGCCCGCCACCGCCCCAGGACCUAAUCCCGGAAUUCGAAGCAUCGUGUUCACCAUGCGCGACGAAGACGGCUUUUACAAGGCUCUUCUCGACGAGACGGGUAUCCAAAAGGACUGGGUCGAAUGGGUCAAGCAAGACGCCAAGAUUGACCCUUGCUCCUGUGUCAUGAUAGGAGCUAUUGAGCAAUGUUCGCCCGCGGGUUGUCAGAACCAUCUGAACUACGAGAUGCGCAGCAACUAUCUCAAGCGUAUCAGCGACAAGAGCAAGAUCGACGUCGUCAACCCCAAGGAGCUUCUCGACAAGGCCAUUCCCUCCACCGACGACCUGGUCAUGCUUGCCAUCGGCACCUUUGCCGAGAUGCGGCUGGGACAGUCUGACGCCAACUCAAGUGACAUCAUCACGUCCUUCAGUAUGCCCAUCUUCAUGAUGGAGGAUGCCUCCGACAGCAUCAGGGAGAUCAAGAAGAUUGGCGAGAAAGAGAAGAAGACCAAGACGCGGAAUCUAGUCCUGAACAUCUUGACCAUCAUCUUUUCCGUUAUUCCUUUUGUUGGUGAGGCCGCCGCAGCGCUUGGAGGAGUUGCGCGCCUCGCUACUGCUGCGCUGAUCAUCGGUGAGGCCGGUAACGCAGCCCUCAGCAUAGUCGACAUUGUCGAUAACCCAGCGUCUGCGCCCUUUGCCAUUCUGGGCAUGUUGGUCGCCGCGGCUGGUCUUAGGGGAGGCAAGAUUUCGUCUCGGGAUGCAUUCAAGCUGGCAGCCGGGGCUAGGACUGCCUUGACCGACGAUGCCAUGAAGGCCUUUUCGGCUGAAUUCCGUACCAAGGACGCCAUGAUACAGAAGAUUAUCAAGUCGUGUGGCUUUGCGUAG